AUGAACAAUUAGAGCUAACCAAAGGGAUAUAUGGGUGCCCCAUAUGUAGGAAAUAUUUACGGAUAAUAAUAGCAAUAGGGGAAUUUGCAAUCAAAAGACUUAUUUCAAACGUUGGCAAAAGAAUUCUAAUAUUAAAUUGUCAAAGCACCUAAUGAGUAUACGCAAUCAGCGAUUGUAAUGCUAAGGAAUUUCUAAAUAAGAAUUGAUUAGAAUUAUAAUAUUGGUAUACCUCCUACUUGUUCACUCAAUAACGCUCCAUAUGAUUACACAAAAUUUUAUUAGUGGAAUAAUAAUUCAAGUCAUCUAAGUUUAGUUCGUGCGAUCUAAGAUUAAUUGGAACUUCACUCUAAAAUUUUAAGCAAUCCAAUUAUUAAAAAUUAUUCAGAAUUUAUUAAUCUUUUCCAUAUAGAUGAAAGUGUAAAUAGAAUUAAAAAUAUGCCAUUGCCUUAGAUUUUGCCUCUUAUUUAACCCUCGGAAUACCAACAAUGGAUUAGUUCAGAUGAAAAACUAUAGACUUUAAAGGCAUAACUGUCUCAAACCCAAGAAUUAAAGAACUUGAAAGAAUAAAUGCUUUAGUAUGCUUAAUAAAAUGAGAUUGUUGCUGAUUUGAUUGAGGCAAAUGAUAAAGAAAUCAAAACAAAAAUUGAAAGAUUGCAAAAUAGAAAUAGAUUACUUGAGGACGAGAAAGACAACUAUAUAUAAUUAUAAAAUAGAAGUAGGGCAUUGAGUGAAAGAUUUCAAGACUCAAAAGUGAAUACUUUAUUCUAGCAAAUUUGUGAAAAAUAUGAUGAAAUAUCUGAUAAACUAUUGGAAUCUGAAACAAAUGGAGACUACGAAGAUUAGGCUAACCAAUACUUUUAGAGUAGGAGAAAGUAUCAAAAGACAUUGGCACUUUCAGAAAAAUUCAGACAGAUGAAAUAAAUUUGAUGGAAUCAUAAUUUAUAUAUGUUAAUUAAGCAAAUUAGCAAUUUUAAAA